CUGAAGGUCGCUGGAAGCCUCGUUCUUCGCCUCCGCGGGAACCCGCCCCUGCGCCCAGGCUCCCGCCGGGAGCUCACCCGCCCGCCCGCUGCGGCGCCUCUUUCCCGAGAGGCCGCCAGACCUUGACACAAAGGACAGCGCGCGGCCGGUGGACAUCCCGGCAGGGCGGACCCUUGGCGGCUCCUCUAGCCACGUUCCUUUUAUUGCCCGAGAUAUUUGUCGAGUACCCAUCGUGUGUCAGGCGUCAACCCUAUGUGCACAGAAAAACCUUGGGAGACUCAACACCAGCACGAACACUGCGAUUGCCCCUGCUUGCUGAGUUAACAGGGUUAUCAAGCUUAUAUGUCGGCUGCUCUCCACUUUUAAAUAAACUCAGAAUAGCGGAGUUUGGUCUAAUUUUUGGAUUACAGAUCUUUUCCAAACAUGAUGCAUUUUAAAAGUGGAUUGGAACUAACGGAGCUACAAAACAUGACGGUGCCCGAGGAUGACAACAUCAGCAAUGACUCCAAUGAUUUCACAGAGGUCGAAAAUGGUCAGAUAAAUAGCAAGUUUAUUUCUGAUCGAGAAAGUCGAAGAAGUCUCACAAACAGUCAUUUAGAAAAAAAGAAGUGUGAUGAAUAUAUUCCAGGAACAACCUCCCUGGGAAUGUCUGUUUUUAACCUAAGCAACGCCAUCAUGGGCAGUGGGAUUUUGGGACUUGCUUUUGCAUUGGCCAACACUGGGAUCCUACUUUUUCUGAUACUUUUGACAUCUGUCACGCUGCUGUCUAUUUAUUCAAUAAACCUUCUGCUGAUCUGUUCAAAGGAAACAGGCUGUAUGGUUUACGAAAAGCUGGGAGAGCAGGUCUUUGGCACGACAGGGAAGCUUGUCAUCUUCGGAGCCACCUCUCUACAGAACACUGGAGCAAUGCUGAGCUACCUCUUCAUAGUGAAAAAUGAACUACCUUCUGCCAUAAAGUUCCUAAUGGGAAAGGAAGAGGCAUUUUCUGCCUGGUAUGUGGAUGGCCGUGUGUUGGUGGUGAUAGUUACAUUCGGGAUCAUUCUCCCCCUAUGUCUCCUAAAGAAUUUAGGCUAUCUUGGCUAUACUAGUGGAUUUUCCUUGAGCUGCAUGGUGUUUUUCCUAAUAGUGGUUAUCUACAAGAAAUUUCAAAUUCCCUGCAUUGUCCCACUGCUAAAUUCAACAACAAAUGCUAAUUCAACAAUGUGUACACCAAAAUAUGUUACCUUCAAUUCAAAGACCGUGUAUGCAUUACCAACGAUUGCAUUUGCCUUUGUCUGCCACCCGUCAGUCCUGCCAAUUUACAGUGAGCUUAAAGAUCGAUCCCAAAAAAAAAUGCAAAUGGUUUCAAAUAUCUCCUUUUUUGCCAUGUUUGUCAUGUACUUCUUGACUGCCAUUUUUGGCUACUUGACUUUCUAUGAAAAUGUGCAGUCAGAUCUUCUGCACAAGUACCAGAGCAAAGACGACAUCCUGAUUCUGACCGUGCGCCUGGCCGUCAUCGUGGCCGUCAUCCUCACGGUUCCCGUGUUGUUCUUCACGGUUCGUUCAUCUUUGUUUGAGCUGGCUAAGAAAACAAAGUUUAACUUAUGUCGCCACAUCUUGGUUACCUUCAUCCUCUUGGUUAUUAUCAAUUUGUUGGUGAUCUUCAUCCCCUCUAUGAAGGACAUCUUUGGAGUUGUAGGAGUUACAUCUGCUAAUAUGCUUAUUUUUAUUCUUCCGUCAUCUCUGUAUUUAAAAAUCACAAACCAAGAUGGAGAUAAAGGAACUCAAAGAAUUUGGGCCGCCCUCUUCCUGGGUCUGGGGGUGUUGUUCUCUCUGGUCAGCAUCCCUUUGGUGAUCUACGACUGGGCCUGCUCCUCCAGCACCUCCGAAGGCCACUGAGAGGAGGGAGAGGAGUUCCCAGCCCCACCUGCUGCUCUGCCCGACCACCACCCAUCAGCGCCCCGCCCUCAUCAGUUCCUUUGCAAGUUUACAGAAGCAAACAGAAACUUACAAGGCUCAAAGGGAAUACUACUUGGGUAGCAAAACAGAGACCUGUUUCUAUAAUGGUUCGUGUCCUUCAAGCUCUCGGAUCAGUGUAAGAUGGUGGAUUUUCAUUUUCAAAGUUCGUGUGACCCUAUUUCUCAGCACUUCUCACCAUCUGUUACAGCUCACUCGUCCAACUGUUUUUUGUCGCCUCACGGUCUCAGAACUUUGCAAACAUGAUCAUCCAUCAUGUUGAUUUAUUAGACAUUGGGUUCUGAAAUCAUUUUCUGACUGAUGUUCAGCGCACAGUAUCUGUACCUUUAUAGAAAAGAAUCUUGUAUAUAUUUAUUUUGCUUUACAGGAAAAAAAAUGGUUUCGUAAAUAAUUCGCCUAUUUUGGUUAACCUAGCACACGGGUGAUCAUGCGAGGGUCUCAGGGCAUGCACCAUUGUGGAUCAGAGUGUGCCCAAUAUUUGAGGUCCCCUGGUCACCUGCAGCGGGCCCCAGUGGCCCGAGACUGCUACAUCCCUCUCCACACAGAGACAGGCCCUGGUGAGUGUGCUCAGCUGGGGGUGGGGCUGAUCAUACCUUGGUAACAUAUUAAGCCACGUGGGUGAUCUAGCAAAUAAAGUUUUGUUCCCUCUUGGCAAUUGAUGUCAAAGUUUCAUCAUCGGCAACGUCACUGGGGCUGACCCUUGGCACCUUUGUUAGUAAAUUGAGAAGCAGGAGUAGUGCAAAAAGAAUGUCCAAAUGCCUAAGAAAAUAUUCCUCUGAUGUGACAGCCUUUCACCCCACGCCGAUGUUGUCGCAGGAGAAAACAUUUUCUUAUUAUCGCAAUAGCUUUGACUCAUGUCUGCCUGUUUUUUUUUGCACAGAGGACAAUGUAUAUGUAACCAAGGAUGAUCCAAGAAAUGUAAUUCCUGUUUUAUAUUGGGUAAUUUAGGGGGGUCUUUAAAGGACUUGUUUUAUAUCUAUAAAUUUAGGUUAUGACAAAUAUAAGAUUUUUGUACCUUAAAUAAGCCUCAUUCCUAUUUCUUGUCCAUUAACAAUCCAUCCAGAGUUCUGGGAGGAAAAGUGACAAAGAGCCCUCAGAUAUAGUCUUUGAAAGGAACCUGGGAGAAAUCACACCUUCCUUCCCCCUGGGGGGGCCUUCAGUGUUGGUGCUGUGCUCUCAUCUGUCCCCUAACCAAGGAGCUAUCUGUACAUGUGACCCACAAGACCCUCAAACGCUGACCCAGCCCCUCUCAGUAGGGAGACUGAAAACAAAGAGGGUGUGAGCAAAGGUAGCUUGGAGAGGAGGAGAGAGCAGAGACACCACAUGCCCCAAGCUGGCUCAUCAGCUAGACUGCCUUUUCCAUGGACAUGGUAAGAACAUGUGUGCUCUGUGGAUCUGGCUCUUGAAAUAGGACUUGUGUUUUACCUGCUUGAAUUCAAACAUAGAAGUUCGUUGAGCACAGAUUUCUUAUACAGUGAUAAGUAGAAUGUAACCUCAGGAUCUUGGCAGGUUUUGUGCUCUGUUCCUCCUCCACGUUAAUCCCCAAAGGCCUUCUUGUUCCCUGGAAGUCACCCAGAACUGUGUCUUUCCCUGUAGAGACUAACCAUCCAACAGAAAAGGCAAACAUCAGAGCACCUCUUUGUGACCCUCUUGGGGGAUAGUGAAAGGCUCUUUCCUGCAUUUCUUGGUCGGGUCAUCAUAGCUCUUAAUGGAGUAUUCCAGAACUACAUCCAUCUUAGCUCAGAAUGGUGGUGUUUUGGUGUGAAUACCUAGGCAGGAAAAUCUAGCCACCUCUGUUGUUUUCAGAGGGGCUGCCAUAUUAGAUGAGCAGGAAGAAAAACUGAGCCAGAACAGUUGGUUGGUCACUGGAAGCCUCUCCUAGAGCACCUCAUAACAAAAUAGCCUGGUAGUGGAUGGACUUCCAUUUAAAAAAAAACCAUCUUCUGUUACCCUCAUUCAUUUAUAGCAAUCCACUCCACUCUCACAGAGUCAAUUUAGAAAAUGACCAAUAACUCUUGGAAUGUGUAGUGAUAUUAUUGGAUUUCUGGAUUGUAUGUAUCAGAACAAGAAAUUUUUAAUAUUAUUUAAAACAUAUUUACUAGAGAAGGCACAUUGUUGAAAUCUGUGAUACCACAUUUUUAAAAGCUUCCUUGUGUGUUUAAGUUAUUGUUGACUGAAUGACUAUAAUAGACCUUGCUGUGAUUUGUCAAUAUCACUGAUUAAUUCAUUACAUCCUUUGUGUGGGAUUAGGUGUAAAGUGUACCACGCUUAGUCUUCUUGUUCAGAAUAGUGAACUGGUAGCCAAAAGUACAUGUAUCACAGAUGCUAGGUAGAAUUUAAACAACACAGUCAAGUGCUAUAGAAGUUUUUCUGCUAAAUUAGUAGACUCAAGACUAUUAGACCUUAGCCAUGGGAGUAGCAUGUUUUCUUUUGGUAGCUGGGAUCUGAGUUCUAGUGAACAGUGCCUGUUUAAUAUUUUGGAUUUAGAACUGUUCUCUAACUAUUGUAACACAGAAUACUAUAAAACCCUAAUUUACUUAGUGUUACGUAUUAGAAGUGGGGAAAGGAGAAUAUGUACAGAAAUCUAGUCUUUUUAAGCAGAGGUGUCCCUAAUUUAUAAACAGAUGACAUUUCAAAACUCUAUAAAUUUGUUGGUUACAACCUAGAAUGUAACCUUCUAGACAGCAAGUUAUACUUGGUGUGAGGCCCACAGACCAGCUGAGGUGAUUAUUAAGCCCAUGGUUUGACUGAUGUACAUUAAUACAACCAGAAUGCUAAAGAACCUCAACACUAAAAAUAAUAUUGUUUCUGGAGGUAAUUCAGAAUUGUCAAAUAUAUCUCGUUUCUACAGCCCAUGGACUCUGGGCUGUCGACCUGAGCCCCAUAGCACCUGCUGGAGGCUGGGGGCAGGGGGCCACCCCACUCACUUACCUGCAGCAAGGGCACCAGCACAGGUAAGGGAAAGUAAGUCCAUGGCCUCCAGAGCAUCAGAAGGAGGGGGAGGCCUCUUGAGGGGACAGCCCUGGGGAUGUCCUCAGCUAGAAGUCCUGCUAUUUCUGGAGGCCUCAGGCUUGGCCUGCCUGCUUCUACUUGUAGGGUCUUUUGCUCCCAUAGUUCACCUCCUACUCUGCCUGCUACAGCAAGGAACAUGGUUGCAUCGCUUCUCCCAGAAGCCAGCACAUAGCACUUUUGGGGGUAGUGCUAAUAAGCCAGAUUUAGCAGCUCAGCAAUCAGAUAGGGGUGUAAAAACAGCUCUCUGCCUACCUUCCUUUGCUAUAUUUGUAGGUCCCAUGGAGAAAGGUGUUCAUGGGUGCUGCUUGUAGGGCUUAGGGUGGACAAAAGACUGGGAAGUUUCCUUAGGGUUUCAGAGGGACGCCUCAGACAGUCACUCCAGAACUGCCUUCUUUUUGGCAAUGGACCAGAGCUGCUGAGCCCGUGCUUCUAGAAGUCUGGCCCCUGGCUUGGUAAAGUCAAUAUCAUGUGAGAGCUAGUGGGACUGUAAAUCCUCAGGCCGGCCCCAGCAAAACCUGAAGCUAUUGAGGUUGGAGAUUUGGCUGAUAUUUUAGAGGCCCUCUUGAAGUACCUCAAGUGUGAGAUCCUCUCCAAGCCAGUUAGUCUCCCCUAUUCUCCUCAUCCGUACUACUUCUGAGUUGAUUUUUAAGACUUACAAGGUAGGAAAAGGGCCCAGGAGUGAGGGAGGGGAGGACAGGGUUGGUGAACUUGAUCAUGAAAGAGGCUGCUUGUCAUCUGGAACUGAAGAGCAAUAAGGUGACAUUUUUUGAAGCUGGGUGUUUAAGGUGACAGACCCCGUCCUUCUAAAGUAAAUUGUCUAUUGAAAGGCCUCAGGGGGUGAGGGGCUGCGGGGUGCUCUGGAGACAGAAGGGUCCCAUCAGCUUCAGCAGAUCAGAAAACCGGGGUCCAUAUCACACUGGGUUGAGGAGGAGGUUGGUGGGAGAAUCGCCCAUUCAGAUGGGUGACUUGAUUGAAAAUCAAAUCAGAUAUUUGACUUUAUGCCUUAGCACCAAAGCCAUUAGUCUCCAUCUGUUUAUCAGUGUAGAUGGCUGAGAAAAGACAUGAGCUCUAAGAAUAUAAUUUCUCCAUUUCCAGUUCACGGUGACCUAGCCACUUUCAAAAUAAAGAAAAUACAGACUCUAUAGUGAUGCUAAUAAACUGUGUCCUUAGGGAUGGAAGAUCUGGGAACCCUUCAGCAAUAGAACAUACUUCCUCUGAAAUAUACACAGUGAAUUAUUUAUAAAGAUAAUGGCUUUCUGGGACCACUUGGGUUGGAGUAGCUAACAACUGAAAAAUAUCACUAAUUCCAAAGAGAGAAGUUGAAGGCCGUGAAAUCUACACGGCUCUAGCAUUCUCCUUUAGAGCUUUCUCAGAGGAGGAGUUAUGAAACUGGGCCAUCUGUACAUGGGCUUGAUUCUGUGUUUUUAAAAGGAAGAAUCUAUGCAGUUGAGGCUUAUUGUAGGAAAUACUUCACUUGUAUGUAAAUACACUGUAAAUAAAUAGGAGGCUGUAUAUUUUUGCAGUUGUUAAUUCACACUGAAAUAGAAAUCUCUAAUAUCUGCCUAUCAAGAAUAAAUGUUUUCAUAGGUAUUCGUGGUUUUGUUCCAGAAUUAGAAAAGUUUGCAUUCUCUCCCAGGUAACCUAGUUCUCUCUCCAUAUGAACGGGGAGCCUAAAAAUCUUACGUUAUUGUUUAGAAAGCUAAAUGUCUGAGAAAUAGUUGUGUUGAUUUCUUAGACUGUUGUUAAGAUCAAUUAUUUAAAAAUAGUCCUUUGACAAAUAAGGAAUAUUUAGACCCAAAAUUAUUGUCAUAUAGAAAUAGGUGUACCCAAAAUGACAAGCGGUUUCUUCAUCAUCAUGCAUUCUUACCGUUAACACUGACACCACUAUAUAGUGUUUAUGAAAACAGAGGUUGGGAAGGAGAAUUGUUUUUCAGAAUUGAAUUGCUGCAUUUCCCAAAUUUUGGGGUCUUUGAAAGGGUGAAGUGAGGGAACUUGAACAUUCACUAAAAGCACAAAUUUGAAGGAAAAAGACCAAGUAUAUUAUUAAGCUUUUGAAAGUCUUGCAUGUUUGCCUUUUACUUUCAGUGUUGACGCCAACAAGACUGUCUGGAGCAAUUUUUCCCACAACACUUGAAUCUUGAUCGUUGGUAUGAAUUCACUCUCUAGAGGCCAUGUAUUUUAGACUUCAUCUGAGUCCAGUAUAUGUAGCUCACCACUGUUUUAUUCAUGUAAAAACCUUGUAAAAGACUUUCAGAUGGGUGAUUUAAAUAAGUCACAAACUUUGCUAUUCACAGUUAAUCAGUUUUUUUCCCACCAUGUGGUGUAAAAUAAAUGUAAGAAUUUCUGUUCUAUUACUGCUCUGUUAACAUAGUUUUUAAACAUUAAA